CGUUUCCGUAGUGCUAGGUGCAGGGUAGCUAUCAACGUUAGCUCUAAGUGAAUGGGGGGAGCUACGUGUUGAAAUCACUAUCCCAAACAUCUGAGGAAUAUUACCUAAAGGCUUUGCCAUGAUAAAUUGACCAGCUUCCAACCAGCAGCCGCACACAUUUAACCUCAGAGGCCAGGACAUCAAGAGGCACUGUGGACUUAAACAUCUUUAAAUGGGAUGCAAGACGGACUAUAGAGGAAACUUAAAUUAAACUUGUGAAUCAAUGGAUGAGGAAACGCUUGAAAGCCCACUCCAGGGCACAGAGACUGUGGAAGAAGAUGCAGGACAAAACGCAGAGAAGAACAGCUGUCAAGGAGACACUGUAGAAGAGGAUGUAGGACAAAGGUCAGAGAAGAAGAGCAGUGAAAUAGAUGAGACAAAUGAAGCAGCCCCAGAAUCCUCAGAUGGUGUAAAUGCAAUAGGAAGCCCCAGCUCUGGUCCCAUGAAAGAAAAAGCAACAGAGGAGAAAGAGGAGGCAAAAUCUCCUGGUGGUGAGCCUCCUGUUGACUGGUUUGAGCCACUUGAAGAUGAUGAUGAUGAUGCCGAAAGCAAUGAUAGAAAUGAUCCAGAGGAAGAGAGUCUGGCAGGAGAAAGCGAAAGGAGCGAGAGUGUGGGUGGCAGUGAGAGCACCAUCAAAAAGAUAUAUCAGCUUCAUGCACCGCGCCGUAAACGAUCGCACCCUGAUGAGGGAUGGGUUGAAUGCCCUGCACUGGGGGAGGGCUGGAAGCGCAAAGAGGUCGUUCGGCGCUCAGGAUCUAGUAUUGGCCAAAAGGAUGUAUAUUACUUAAGUCCUCGUGGUGAUCGAGUGAGAAGCAGAGUAGAGCUGAUUUCAGUGCUGGAAGGACAGGACUUGUCUAACUUUGAGUACAAGACGGGCAAAUUCUACCACGGCGAAACACCGCUCCCAAGAAUUCGAAGCAGAAAGAGAAAGGUCCGCGAGCGAUCCUCCUCAGAGUCCAGCUGGAUGGAGAGGGGAGAGGGGGCAGACACUCCUGACUCCCACCACAGACUAACCCCAAGCCUCGGGUCUAAAAACGUCAACUCCAAUUAUUCAAAUGCCCCCUUGAACAGUACAGUGGGAUCGCCGAAUCAAGGGUCUCACAGUGAGGAUCCACCUGCAGAGGAUAAAAUUAAACUCCCUGGUCCAUCAUCAUCUCAGCCACGUCCGCUCCCUUCCAUAAAUGGAGAGAUCGGGUCAGAGGACAGCAUACUGAUCUGUGCCAGAUGUGGCAUUUCCUUCACAGGCACGUGGUAUGACAAACAAAGAAAGAGGCCCUGCUGUCCCUCCUGUUGGGCAGCAUCAAAGACAAAAGAACACCCAAUGAUUCGCUUCAGAAAGUGGAUUCCUUGUGGUCAGUGCGUGGGAUGUCAUAACACCGACAAUUGUGGGCAGUGUGCCAAUUGCAAACAUGGGCUGCAGAGCCCAGAAUCCCGGAGACGCAUAUGCCGAAAACGCAAAUGUAUAUGUCCUAUUCGCAAGGGCCCUGGAAGUGGAGGCUUCAUGCAGCAGAGGCCUUACAGUGACGUUUCAGAGACAUUUGACGACAGCAUGAGUUUCCAGGGUGAAGUUACAGAUUCACAGCACCCCAGUCUCAAAAGCAGUGACACGGAGAACUUCUCAGUCAAUGUGGAUGUUGAUGAUGAGGAUGAGUUGUCAACUGAUGACGAUGAUGAUUGGCACAAAAAGCGGAAGCGACGUUCCUGUGGAGAAUGCAAAGCCUGUCUCUGCAGGAAAGACUGUGGCACGUGUGAUUUCUGUAUAGACAAGCCCAAGUUUGGGGGCAGUAACAAGAAAAGGCAGAAAUGUCGCUUACGGCAGUGUCAGAGGCAGGCAAUGAGGCAUUUGCUGCCCUUCCAGAUGGGACAAGGUGACUACGGACCAGAUGGCCCACUUCCGCCAGGCCGGCCUAGACCUCACUACACAUACAGUCGCAAGUUAGGUUUAAAGAAAACCAAAGGGUCUCAAAUGGGCUAUGAUUUAAGCGACAAUGAAGAUGAUGACAGUAAUUUACAACCAAUUAGUUGGAGCUCGUCACCUGUGAGGUCUAGCAAAAGCUUUUUUGACAUGAAUGUGAGAAACCACCAAUCAUCUAUGCAGCAGUUGAAUAAUUCCGAGUUUGGAGUGCAGAAUGGGCUGUCAGACGGCGUCCCUCACAUCAGCAACCACAGCAACCCCCACCAGGAGCAGCAAAACAGAUGGGAUGCAGAGAGAGCACAAAGUGCCAGAGAAGCUACAAAGCAAGUUGUUGAAGAAGACGAAGAUGAGUUGCCCAUGAUUACACAGAUCUUCAGCUUGGCUGAUAACUCGGCUGGGACUGGUACAGAUGCAGAAAACCACCUCAUGAAACUACUAGACUCUUUACGCUCCUCUGUACUGCCCAUAUUGUGGUAUGCUAUAAUGGUGGAGGGCCCGCAGCUGCAGCUCAUCCAGUGUUCUAAGCAGUCCAGCAUGACUGACACCAUGGUGCUGAUCGACCCGGGCUUCUUCUAUCAGGUCACGGUCCAAAAGCAACCGCUGCUCCCCACCCACCCGCUGUACGACUGCUACCCAGCACGUCUAACCUCGGUGACUGAGGUGGUCAACCUGCUUUUGGGUCUGGAGAAGUACUCUGUGUGCCAGGGGAUGCCUCCUAAAGAACCAUUACAUUAUAAAGACCCCAUCAUACUGGAACGGUCAUCAACAUGUGAUUUCUUGGUGAAGAAGAAUGUAGGCAUUUGUAAUAACUGCAGAGCACUUCACUGACUUCAACAUCAUCACAGACAGAAAUGGGGAAAAAUGUGAGCAGAGUGGAGACCACUGGUUUUCUGGUGACACUUUGUCCCGUUUUAUUGUAAUUUUUGGUGAUGAUGUAUAUCAAAACUUUACAGACUUACCUCUGGACUGUAAAUGGUUUAUUUUAAGAAUCACCAAAGGCAUUUCAGGAGUUGUGACGUUAUAAUCCAGGCGUGUUUCUUCUCAGAUGUUUUAUUAUGUAGGUGUAGGGCUUUUCUACUUGACUGUUACGUGUCUUGGCUUUGGCAGUGUGUUGGAUAAGGCUGAAGUCAGCCCUCUGUGUGGUUACUGUGCUGUUGGUUGAUUCACACUCUUACUUGAGGAAUAUCCCUCACCGUCCUUACCAUUAUUCCACAUUUUAGUAGCCCUUUCAGACAACUGUACUCCUAGGAAUUAGCCCACAGGUUUGAUUCCCAGCAUUAACACUGUUGUCAUGCUACCGGGUUCAUUCAUACUACAUACAACAAAGUUAAUAGAAGAUUUGUUUUGGUAAAAACAAGUGUGCACCUCAACUGCUUUCUUUUUUAAUUUAAUAAUAUAUUCACUAGUGUCAUCACUGUUGUCACUAGCACUCCAUUAGCACUUGUUUGAUGUGUUCCAUUUUUGCAUUUGCUUCCAGUGACAAUACUAAGGCCAGAUAAAUGUGAGUUAGAAAGGGUAUCGGGUGGCAAAUCAGAUGUGUGGAUCCAUCUGAUGUGGCGACCACUUGGGAAAUAAGGGAGCUGCCAAAGGUACCCUUCUGUUAGAAAUAGUUAUUUAAAUUGAAUUAUGUGAUUAUUUCAAAUUCAUGACCAUUCAUACUGGAUUAUAAUAAUGACAUGUUGAUUCUGGGCUGAAAUUACAAGCAUUUUUUAAAAGUCUUAAUCUGAUUGCAAAUUAGACGAUUGUUUGUUUAGCUCUUCCGCUGAAGGCAGAAUGUGCUCCUAGCAGCAGCAUUUGUGGUGUGAUGAGUUUCAUACAACCUUUAAAAUGCAUUGACGUUGUCCCAUGACAGGAAAAAAAGUACAAUUACCUUCUGAGGUUUGUUCUCAUAAAUAAAUAACUUUAAUCUCAUAACUUGUUUUUUUAAACAGCUGUUGGGUAGGUCAGCUUUUUUCUUGUAAAUCUAACCUACCCUCCUUUUUUGCUUUCACAGGGUGAGUUUUUGUGUUUAUAUUGCAACAGAAAUAUCUGAAAAGUGGGAAAUAUAUCAUCACAAACUGACCUAGUGUGGACUUAUUACGCUAAAUUUGUAUUCACCCUAUUACUAUGACAGUCUAAAGUCAUUAGAGCAGAAGCAAACGUUCAGACACGACCCACAAGCUAUAAGUAGGAGCAAGCCGCUGUUUUAAAAAGACCCAAGACAUCUGAGAUAGUAGUGAUUAUCCAGAACAUACAGUGACAUUACUGGUCAAAUAUGUAAUUGAAUGUUCCCCAAAUAAAGAGACAGUGUGGAUGGUUAUGAAAAGUAUGCAUAAGUAACACUUUAAAAAAAAAAAGGUACUUGUAAUUUCUCUCGAUUUCAGCCCAAUGUCAUGUCGAGUGAGAAUAUUUCACAAUAUAUCUACUGAAAACUUUAUUCACUGACCCCGUACUUAGACUUGACACUAAAAACACCUUUAAGAUCUCAAAACACAAAAACCAGUUGAAGAUGAAUGUAGUUAAACAUUCACAAAUCUUAAACUAAAACCCAGCAACGGGAUUACAGUUGUGACUGGCAGCAUGUUAGCUGAGAGCAGAGUACACUUUCCUUAAAGGUUUAGUUUUGGUUUUCAGAGGUUUUUGUUGUUUUUGGAACAACAUGCUCUUGUUAAACUGAUGAUGUAGCAACAAUCGUCAUACAGAUUAUGACUCUUUAUGAAGCACUUAACGAGUGUCCUUCCGUCUCUGUUCUCGAGUAGUAUAACACUUGGCCUUUAAUUGUAUUUUCAGCUAUAUAAUGUGUUUUGUUUUUGUUUUAUAAGUGUAUAAUAAUUCACCCCCCCAUUACAAACCUCUUGUAAGUUUUAACAAUGUGAAAUUUUAUACAUUCUUGAUGUGAUUUUUUUUUUUUUUUUAAUUAUGUUUUCCUCAAGUAAUUGUGCAUAUGUUGAAAUAUUUGGGAACAGUGGGUUAUUCUUUGAAAAAAUAUUAUUUAGUCUUUGAAUUAAAACAUAUUUGAAGAACUGA